AGUCUGUAAACAAACAAACAAACCAACCACUAUAUUCCAAAGUUAAAAAAAACUUAAAAAGUUACACAGAAGCAAGCCUCUGCUGGCAGUCGUUGGCCAACCCCUAAUCUCCAUCCUUCAUAAUAUCCCUCUCCACUCUUCCCCAAAUCCCUCAACAACAACAUGAAAUUCCUCUUAAUUUCACUCUCCCUAUUGCUUUUGGCCUAUCCCAUCUCUGCCCAUAUCUUCCCCAAUGUCUCUUCAAUCCCCUCUUGGCUCAACAAAACCAACUGCGCUUGGAACCAAUUCCAGAAACUCAAAGGCUGCCGCCCUGGUGAUCGCCUCAACGGCCUCUCUAACCUCAAAACUUACCUCAAACAGUUUGGCUACAUUCCCCCUUCUCCUAAUUUCACCGAUCUCUUCGACCCUCUUCUUCAAUCCGCCCUCCAAACUUACCAAACCAAUUUCAAUCUCAACGUUACCGGCCUUCUCGACGACCAAACUCUCGCUCAAAUUCAGCUUCCCCGAUGCGGCAUCCCCGACAUAAUCAACAAUUCCAGUUCUAUGAAUUCCGGCAAACCAACGGGGCAUUCCGCCACUCAUUUUCACUCCGUUUCUCAUUACUCUUUCUUCCCUGGUCGACCCACCUGGCCGUCCCACCGUCGCCAUUUGACGUAUGCCUUUGCGCCGGAGAACCCUCUUUCCGAUGAGGUCAAAGGGGUUUUCGCUAGGGCUUUUGCUCGUUGGGCGGCUGUUACGCCUUUGACAUUCUCUCCGGUUGAGUCAUUUCGUACGGCGGAUAUACGGAUUGGAUUUUACGCUGGGGAUCACGGCGAUGGGGAGCCGUUCGAUGGGGUUUUGGGGACUUUGGCUCAUGCCUUUUCGCCGCCUAGUGGGCAUUUUCAUUUGGAUGGUGAUGAGAGCUGGGUGGUUUCCGGUGACCUAAGAUCGGCUCCUAUGGCGGCGAUUGAUUUGGAAUCGGUGGCGGUUCAUGAGAUUGGGCAUUUGUUAGGGCUUGGUCAUUCCUCUGUUGAAGAAUCGAUUAUGUUUCCGACGAUUACUUCCAGGACGAGGAAGGUGGAUUUGGCUGCCGACGACAUCAACGGAAUUCAAGAAUUGUACGGCGGAAACCCUGACGGAAACCUCACGCCACCAUCGACGCCGUCACCUCCGUCCGUACAGGAGAGAGAUAUGUCUAGAAACGGAGCUGCUCCCAGGCUGUUGAGCUUCUGGUGGAGCCCACUUUUAAUCGCUGCCGUUGAAUUUUUCUUGAUCAGAUAAUAUUAUUCCUUGUGGUUAUUUAUUUAUUUUUAUUAUCAUUUUUUUUUUUCACGAUUCAUUUUUUCUAUUUUUACACUAGGCGUAGGCAUACACCUAUGUUUUUCAAUGCCUACCAAAUAACGUUAGCCUAAUUUAUAAUGAUUGUUUUUUUAUUUUGUUUUCCUUUUGGGAUGUAUAGACAUACCAUUUACUUUGUACAAACUAUUCUUCUUUGUUUCAUUAUUUUCAUCCAUCAUCUAUUUUAAAUCUUAUUUUGA